UCUUCCAAGGCGAUGUAGCUCUUUACCAGCAGGAGUAAUGAAGCUGGGAGAGGAAAGGCUGGAGAGAGAGAGGAGCAUUUUCCGCAGCUCAGCGCCGAGACCGCAGAGGACAAACACAAACUUUCAGACAGCGGUCUGAAACGUCAGGUUUCUGUUUUCCUCUGGAAUCAUCCACGGCCUGCUUUGUAACGGGAUUUUUUUUUUUAAAUUAUUAUUAUUAUUUUGACGCGUAUCCUUGGAAGUGAUUUAUUAGGCAAUGGUGAAACGGGACAGAUUUUGCGGAAUCCGCGCUUUUACCUGUGUUUUCCCCACAAACUUCACCCUGGAGAGAAAAAACUGAGCUGGAUCUGCUUCGUAGCUUUAAGGGGCGCGUGUCGUCUGGGCUACAUGUAGAAAAGCAGACAGCUGAGCAAAUUAGCCAGAGGGAUUUCCUGCGAACUGUCAUCAUUCCAGCUUUGAAAAAUGUUGGGGUCCUCACACCGUAACGGCCCCGCUCUCUUCUGACCCAAAAAUGGAGCUGAAGGUCUGGGUGGAUGGCGUCCAGAGGGUUGUGUGUGGGGUCACAGAGGCAACCACCUGCCAGGAAGUGGUGAUUGCUUUGGCCCAGGCUAUAGGUCGCACGGGGAGAUACACUUUAGUAGAGAAAUGGCGGGACACAGAGCGUCACUUGGCCCCUCACGAGAGCCCCGUGGCCUCUUUAAACACCUGGGGUCAGUAUGCUGGUGACGUCCAGCUAAUCCUUCAUCGCACGGGCCCCUCGCUCACUGAACGCCCCCCCUCAGAGGGCCCCCCGCUUAGGGGUCCUGAACGCGGGUUUCAUCGUCAGAGUCUGCCUCCUCUUGCGAAGCUUCGUCACCCCAACGAUGGCUCUCUUUGCCGCCGCGAACCGCGCCGCAAGUCCCUAACCUUCACCGGUGCACCUAGGAGCCUGAGGGAGAUUCUGAGCGGAAGCCAGAUCGGGGAGGCAGAGGGGAGGCGGAGACUUUUCUUGGGAAAUGGCGGGAAUCAUCACCACUUGGGGCCAGCCUGCGGGACUGCUUCCCCAGGCUUGUGGACCUGUCGCAUGGAAGAUCUGGUCAGACUGGUCAGUCUGCAAAGAGAGACUCUGAAUGUGCUGGAGAAGAAGCUGGAGGCCUAUGAGGCCGAGCUCCAAGCCUGGUCAAGGGGCCGAGGUGCGCGAGGUGCUGCAGAUCUGGGUAGAGGGGGAGGGUUGCUAGAUGAGAUCCUGAGGCUGGAGAAGCACCUCAGGAAGAAUGAGGUGGAAAUGGAGGAGGAAGAGUUUUGGGCCACUGAGCUGCAGAUUGAGAUAGAGAGCGAGAGACAGCUGGAGGACAGACUGCAGGAGCUGCGAGGACGACUGCAGGGCUGCGAGAUAGAAAUGGAAGAAAAGCUCGCAAUGUUAAAGGGGGUAGAAGCAGGCCUCGAAGAGGAGAAGCUGCAGAGAGAGCGCCAGGAGACCCAGUGGGUCAGUGAGGCUGAGGCUCGGGCUCAGGCCCUCCGGGUCAAGGCAGAGUUGAAGGCCCAAGAGAGACAGGCCAUCCAGCUGGAGAGCAGCUGCAGGGCUGUGGACAGAUCGCUGGGACUAAGCAGUAAGAAGCUCCAGGACAUGCAGCAGGAGCUGGAGCAGCUGACCAAGGAGCUGAGGCAGGUCAACCUGCAGCAGUUCAUCCAGCAGACUGGAACCAAGGUCACAGUGCUGCCAGCUGAGCCAACAGAGGACGACUGUGCAAACAGCAGUUCUGAUUUGGCAGCACUGACGGGCUCGCUGAAGCGUCCUGUGUCGACCCAGCCCAUGUCCAGCCACCUUCGUGUCCUCGCCAACCAUCUCAGUUCUAGCUUAAACCCAGAGGGGAUCUACGUUUGACCCCCAGAACUGACCCUUAGCAGUACAUCUCUGCAGCUUGAGACUAUGCAUUCUUUGUUUUUAAACCUAAAGGCAACCCUUAGCGUGAAGUGUUAAGAUAUGGUGAACAGACAAUCUGGACAUGGAAAUUAUUGAGCACUUAGUGGAACAAAACAUCAGUCAGAAAUAAUGGUCAACAAAAACCAUUGCAGCCUAUUGACUGGUGCACUCUCACUUUAACAUCUGGCUGUUGUGGACAUCCUCCAUCAACAUAUCCACUUAUUGUACUUUCACUUUACUACCAGCUGAAUGAUUUGUGUUCAUCUUUUUGCCUUUUAGAAAGUUACCAUGAGAAUCUUUGAAUAUGUGUGUUUCUCUCUCCAGCAAACUGUCUGGUUCUUAUUGAAGUGAAGGAUCCACUUGUCUCUGUAGUAGAACUGUGAACAAUCUCUCCCUGUGCUCUGUUGGUUCAAGUUAAAACUAUGCACAAAUGGUUCAUAUUUUUGUCACUGAAUGUUUCUUUGUGUACUUACCAAAAUGAAGGCUUAUUGUAGAUGGUUGUACUCUUUAGCUUUAUUCUUUGAGUGCAUUUUAUUCUAAAGGUGUGCAUUCCUGCAGUAAUGGCUGCAUAUUAAAGCAGUGUUAAUUCUGUUUUUUAGCUGUAUUUUUGUUGUUCAAUGACAACGAAGUAUAUCUAUUUUUUUUUCUGAAUGUAUUUUAUGCUUGUUUAUCUUAUGGAUUGUGUGUGGCCAAAGAUUGAGCUUGUUGCAUGAUUGUGUUGGCCAUCUUUGAAUGUGCAGAGAGUACUCAAAGCUAUUUGGUCGACGUGGCGACGGUAGUCAGAAAGCGGACAGUCACAGUUGCGACGUGAAGUAAGAGUGCCAGUCUGUUUAUUAAAGCGGCUCGUGCAUUUGUCUGCAUGCGUGUUCCUGUAGUCAAAAAUUUGAAGGUUUGAAGCACUUCUUAAAUCUUACAAAACGAAUGUGUGUUUGCAUACAUGACAACGAUUCAAGAAAUUUGCCUCUGUGUGUGUGUGUGUGUGUGUGCAGAAUAGCCAAAUUAUGAAGCUUCACUUAGGUUGUAGAUAAGCUGCUAAACACAUCGAAGUGCCUUAUCCUCAUUUUGUUAAAGGUGUUUUCAGAUACAGAACAGAGGAGGUUUUACAGAAAGCGCUAAAGGAAAAAUCAUGAGUAUUGAGAUGAAAACUGUAAAAAUCAGUGCUGGUAUGCAACAUGAGGAGAGGAAACUACAACAUUUUUUCAGUGUUUUGUAGGAAAAUCAAAGUAAACAAGGAACAUCUGUACUUUGCCACUGUAUUGUUACCAUAAUACCACAUGCAUCAACUAAGUAUUUGUUUUUUCCAUGCAACACAUGUACUGUAAUUUGGAUCAGAACUUUUACAAUUUUGUGGUCACUGUUUACAACUUCAUAUCUUCUAGAGCUCUAAUAAGAUGUCAACUUUAAAUAACUUGUUUUGUUUUUUCUUGCCUUAAUCUACUGCAAAUCGUGGACAAUUGUGUAUGGCUGUAACAGAAUGCAGAUAUGACAUGGAUUGCAUGGUUCAAUAAACCAUCUGAAUAAAAUCA